AUGUCAACCAAGCUCUCCCACAUCAUCCCCUCCCUUCUUCUCCUUUUCUUUGUAAUCUCAACCAAUGGUUGGGAUCAAUCAGAGUCACCUCCUGAGUGUCCUUAUCCAUGUCUCCCUCCACCGACAUCAGUCACAAACUGCCCUCCACCGCCACCUUCACCUCCUACAGAGCCAGUGGUCUACCCUUCUCCUCCUCCUCCUACUCCUCCUUACCUUCCUUCUCCGGCAUUUCCUUCUCCUUAUCUACCAUUCUAUCCUCCACCUUAUGUUAGCUUCCCGGCACCUCCUCCUCCCAACCCCAUCCUCCCUUAUUUCCCUUUGGUACUACAUAACACCGCCGUCAUCCUCAUCAUCUUCUUCGUCUUCUCCUUCCAUAAAAAAGCUUGGAGCUUUGCUUGCAAUGGUUCUUGCCGGAAUCAGAUGGCACACCUAAAACACAAGGAAAUUCAAAUCACAAAUGAAGACUAUAAGAUAGAGCUGGAGUGGGAUGGACAUGCAUAG